AAAAAUCGAAAUCUAAGAAGCCGACGGCUCUCAAACCAAAGUCCUCGAAGUGGUGUCUGUCUUACUCAACCACUCACUCACUCUCUCAGCUCAGCUAAAAUCGCCCACCAUUUUGCAUUUCUGUGUUUAACACCAACACUCUCUCUCUUUCUCUCUCUCUCUCUCUUUCUCGUUCUUACAUAUAAACGACGAUCUAGCCUCCGCGUUUUGAGGUCUUCCUUGUUUUUUCGUACCGAUUGAUUUUUAUGCAUUUACUAUACAAUGGACCGGAGACGAACCGAAAGCCCGGUCUACGCUCGCCAAUGGAGCAGCGAGACCGGUAGCACCGGCGGCGCGUCGUCUCCGGCAAUGUCGCCGGCUCGCAACCACCAUGCUCGGUCCUCCUCCGUCUCGGGGAUCUCCAACAUCAAGCGCACUCAGAACUUCGCUGCCAAGGCAGCGGCUCAGCGGCUUGCUCAGGUUAUGGCCUCGCAGGCCGCUGACGACGAUGAGGAUGAGGAGGAUGACUUAGGUUUUCGAUACAGUGCUCCCCCUCCGAUCUCACUGGCCAGGAAUGUUAAUUCCGGUGCUAGACCUGCAGUUCCUCCUCCCAGGACUAACAGAUCUCCUUCACCAGCGUUGGCUCGGAACUUUGUAGAGGAAACUCCGUCCGUACGUUCAACAUCUGCAGGAAGGUCAUCAAUGUCUCACCGUGCGGCGCCGUUGGUUCCGCCAAGUAAAACAUCUCUGAGGACUGCGGUUUCUUUGCCGCCAGUGGAACCUCCUGUUAAUAGUAGGCCAAAGGAAAUUAGAUUCUCAUCAGAUUCAGGACCCUUUAAGUCAAAGGAUUCAGGAGAUCAGCGUGAGGCUUCUGCUCUACGUGAUGAACGUGAUAUGCUACAAGAAGAGAAUGAAACUAUCCUUGACAAGCUCAGAAAUGAGGAAGAGAGGUGUGAGGAAGCAGAGGCUAGAGUUAGGGAGCUCGAAAAACAGGUUGCUGCUCUUGGAGAAGGUGUUUCUUUGGAAGCUAAACUUUUGAGCAGAAAGGAAGCUGCAUUACGUCAAAGAGAGGCUGCACUAAAAGAUGCAAAACUAUCUAAGAAUGGGGUAGAUAAGGAAAUUGUGGCUCUUCAGUCUGAAGUAGCAAAUGCGAAAGACACAGCUGCAGCUGUUGUACAACAACUUCAUGGAGCUGAAUCUGAAGUAAAAGCUCUUCGGUCAAUGACACAACGAAUGAUAUUGACUCAGAAAGAGAUGGAAGAAGUAGUUCUUAAGAGGUGUUGGCUUGCUCGUUAUUGGGGUUUGGCUGCAAAACAUGGAAUCUGUGCUGAUAUUGCGGUGACGAAGUAUGAACACUGGUCGUCCCUAGCUCCUCUUCCAUUUGAGGUUGUUCUUUCUGCAGGACAAAAGGCUAAGGAGGAAUUUUGGGAGACAGGUGAUGUUGAUCCUGAGAAGAGGAGCAAAGUUUUUCAGGACUUGAAUGAUCUAACUGGAGAAGGAAACAUUGAGAGUAUGCUUUCAGUGGAAAUGGGGUUGAAGGAGCUUGUUUCCCUGAAGGUUGAGGAUUCUAUUGUGCUUGCAUUGGCCCAGACACGGCGUCCAAACUCAGCCCGACUAUCGAGCUCAGAUUUCAAAUCUCCUGGUGAUCCAAAGUUUAUGGAGGCGUUUGAGCUGAGUCCAGAGGAAUCUGAAGAUGUUCUUUUCAAAGAGGCAUGGCUUACAUACUUUUGGAGAAGAGCCAAAGUUCAUGGUAUAGAGGAGGACAUUGCCAAAGAAAGACUCCAGUUUUGGAUUAACCGCAGUGGACAGUCACCGACAUCACAUGAUGCUGUUGAUGUUGAGCAAGGUCUGAUGGAGCUCAGAAAAUUAGGGAUUGAGCACCGACUGUGGGAAGCAUCUCGCAAAGAAAUCGACCACGACUUCUCAACUUCUAACGAUCAAAAAUCUGCUGCCCACUGAAGUGCUCUGCUGGAGCAUCCACGAAGCUUUCAAUGCUCGUGCUGUUUUUCAUUUGUAUCAAAAUUAAAGGCUUCAACAGGAGCAAACAUGAGGAAACAAACAAUCUUUCCACUUGUUAAUCCUCUCCCCGAGAAUGACACUUAAGCUGCUUGUUAUUUGCUUGAGAGUUAUAUGAAGGGUGUAUAUAUAUAUAUAUAUAUAUCAUAUACGUAAGAAUUUUAAAUA